UCCAAUGGCAAAUAAUUCAAACAACUUCUCUGUACGAUCAGUCCUUGAGAAGGACAAGCUGACAGGAACCAACUUCCUUGACUGGCAAAGGAAUUUGAGGAUUGUCCUCAAACAAGAGCGCAAGCUCUAUGUCAUAGAUAUUCCUCGCCCUACACCUCUCGCUGAAGGAUCAACCCGUGCUCAGCAUACUGCUUAUCAGAAGCAUAUCGAUGAUGACACGGAUGUUCAAUGUCUCAUGUUAGCGACCAUGAGUGCUGAACUUCAGAAACAACAUGAGAAUAUGGAUUCUUAUGAUAUGAUUGAGCACCUUAAGCGUAUGUUUGAGGGACAGGCUCGUCAGGAGAGGUUUGAUACUUUCAAAUCUUUGAAUGCUUGUAAGCAGGGUGAACGUGAUCCGGUAGGACCGCAUGUUCUGAAGAUGAUAGGGUAUAUUGAUUAUCUUGAAAAAUUGGGUGCCCCGAUUGGUCCGGAGCACCAAAUUGAUCUGAUCUUGCAAUCUCUAAACAAUAACUAUUCUCAGUUUGUAAUGAAUUACAAUAUGAAUGAGAUAAACAAGAACCCCGCCGAAUUGUUGGCAAUGUUGAAAACUGCUGAAACCAACAUUCAGAAGGUGUCCCCUACUCCCAUAUUGAUGGUGAAUAAGGGGAAGGCCAAAGGAAAGGGUAAAUGGAAAGGCAAGAAGAAGAUGGGAUCUAAUUCUAAUGCCAAUCCGAAACCUGGUCCGACUAAGGCCUUGAAACCGAAAGGUGGUGUUCAGAAGGAUGGUGAUUGUCACUAUUGCAAGAAACCAGGUCAUUGGAAGAGGAACUGUCAUGCUUAUUUGGAGGAUCUGAAGAAGAAGAAGGCUGCUGCCGCUUCUGAUUCAGGAACUACAGGGAAGUAGGACAUUGGCAAAGGGAGA